AUGAAGCGAUCAACUUUGUUCCCGGCUUCAGCCGCUUUUACGAGAAAUGGUUUCUUGAUCCCACCCUCUUGGAUGCCCUUCUUCUAUGCUUGCCUUCCGUUUCUCCUUUUGAUUUAUGCUCCUGCGCCUCCAUCUCGAGAGUCGCCAGAUCACCUCGCCCACAAAGAACUCGGGCUUCAGCUCACAGAACCGGUACCACAGACGAGUGUUCUGCAAGAAAUUUUGGGGACAUCUCGACCUCAAUUAGCACCUGGUCCUGCUACACCAGCUCGUUGUGGUACUGGACGAAGAUGUAUGUAUAUGCAUAUAUAA